ACAUUUCUUUGUCCUUCUCCUCCAUUCUAUUCCUGUUAUACGUCGUGAUCUUCAUAUAUCCUUCUCAACUGGAGAAGCUUGAAUUGGGAAUACGUCAUUACUUCAGCCAUCCAUUUUCCUGACCUUCUUAUAAAGCUUAGGUUGUAGGAGUUACUUGUUGAUUUUGUUUCUAGAAAACUAAAUAUGGGUAAUCAAAUCACGUGUGCACCACCGGAAGAUCGGGACACUAUUUCCAUGUCCUCGUAUUUUUCCGUGACAUCCACAAACGGAAUGAAUUCCGAUAGGUCUUGCCGUGGCAUUGAAAAUGGAAAAUCGGUGAAAAUCUAUGACACAGAAGCACUGUCGGUUUCUUCGUACCUGUCUGCAACUUCAAAAGGGAUGUCAUCGACCAAAUCAUGCGAGAGUGUGAAUGACACUAAAAGCAUGGUGACUGCGUUCAGUGGUAGCAUUUGCGAAGAAGAACGGGCCAUUACACCGACAGAAAACGAGUCAGAGUACAUCCAAACGUUGAAGGAAGAGAUCUCUCAACUGCGUGAUAUCAAUCACAGCUUGAAGGAGGAAAAGGCUCAGUGGGCUUUACGGCAACGCCUUCAGAACGCUGAACAAAGCGAGUCAUCUCUGAUCAACAUGCUAGAGGAUCGACUGAAUCAAGCCGAAAACCAGAUUCAAGACUAUCGAGAUGAGAAUACAGUGCUGAAAUGUGAACUUCGAGAGUUGCAGGAAACUACAUUUGCCACAUCUGACGAAAAACUGCGUGAGAAAAUCCGCACCACAGAAGGUCUCUGUGACGAAUUAAUGGAAGAAAACGAGCAGUUGAAAGCUGAAGUUAAAGAUUUACAGCAAGAAAUUGAAGAGAUGCAGGACCAGUACCGUGAGGAAGAAAUCGAAGAAUUCCGGGAGCUUCAGCGAGAACUUGAGCUUAAUGCAAAAAAUUGUCGCGUUCUGCAGUUUAAGCUGAGAAAAACAGAAAGAAGUAGAGAUCAAGCUGAAGCAGAGAAAAUGCACUCUGAGAAAAAACUAGAUGAAUACAUGAACAGUUGCCCAGAGGCGGUAGCUGCAUCUAUUAAAUCAGACAGUGCAAAAGUGAAAGAACUUGAAUAUGAGAUUCGAGUAGCAAAAGAGGUUUCUGUUAGACUGCAUAAUGAAUUAGAGCAAACUGAAGAAAAGCGGUGCAAGCUUGAGGACGAAGUGUUCUAUUUGAAGGAAAAAGUCAGAGAGAUUCAAACUCAAAACAAAUGGAGAGAAGCGCGGAACAAAACUGAUAUUGCUGUGAAGCGGCUAUCUGCCGAAAUUGCAGCCAGCGUUCCUAAUAUUCCGGAGAAUGAAAUGUCCAAAGAGCUCCGAGAUGCUCUCGAGCGGGAAAUCGACUUGCGUGAGCAGAUGAGGUUUUCUGAAGAAGAUCUGAAAAGAACACAAAUUCGAUUGCAGGAUGUGGAGAACGAGAACGAGGAGCUUCUCAAAAAACUGUCUAAGGCGAGCAAACUUCGUCCACCGAUGAUUCGAUCGGCUAGCGACGGAAAUGCUCAUCUCCAAUUGGAACUUGCCGAGAGUCAAGUGCAACAUUUGAAUACCAAAAUAGAAAGGCUGGAAAAGACCAACGAUCACUUGAACAAGAAAAUCGUCGAAUUGGAGGCCGACUGCAAGCGUGGCGGCGUGACCUCAGCACAUUCCAAAGCUGGCGAAUUCAAAUUAACGCCUGAAAUGGAAAAGGACAUGUCAAAAAUGAUUGUGACAAUCAGCGAGCUUGAACGCAAAAAUCUCGAGCUCACAACUCAAGUCAAGCAGUUGGAAACUAAAGUGACACCAAAGCCUAACUUUGUUGUGCCAUCAGGAACAACCACCACAGAAUUGCGCAAAGAGCAGGAAAAAAGGAAAGCGCUAGAAGCUCAAGUAAACGAGUUAAAAACAACAGUAUUUAAGUCCGAUAAUCAAAAAGUUAUCUCCCUCGCCACCAAGAUCGAACAGCUGAACGGUCAGCUUCAGAUGGUGAAUGAGAGAUGUAACACACUUCACAAAAAACAAGUCAAAGACGGGGAGAUCCAAUAUUCGGAUGAGUUGAAACAAAAAAUUGAAGAUCUUGAAAAGCGGCUUAGUGAGAAGUUGGCCAUUGAUUCAGUCAGUGAAUUGCAAGGCAAAAUUCCGACCAUUGAUGAAAUUGAGCAGUGUUGCGAAGUUUUAGCAGCAGUUGAGACCCAAACUGGAAGGUUAUGCAAGCAAUUCGAAAAGAUUGAUCACGCACAGAAAGAUGAACGUCGUCGAUCACUUUCCAAGGACAGCGGUGCAGCAAUCAUAGCUGAACUUGCCAAUGUCAUGCAAGAAAUGAAAAACGUGCACCAAAAGCUUGACAAGAUCAAAAACGUCACUCCAAAUACUGGAUUAUCUGUAAAACGAAUUCCAAGCAAGGAAAACCUUCUCGAAAUAAAAUGCUCAAAAUGUGACCAACUACAAACAAGCAUUGAUGAACAGGCAAAUGAGAUCUCAUUUUAUAAAAAGAAAAAUAAGGAUUUGACAAAUCAAGUGCUCCAAACAGAAGAUCGCUGGACAAUUGAGAUUGAAAAGCAGCGUCAGAUAUUUGAAAAAGAAAUCAAGACGUUAGGAAUCAGAGUCGCGGAUGCUAAAAGACAGAAUGAUGAAUUAUCAGAGCUGUUGGAAUCAAAAUCAACAACACUUGUUGAAAAGACAAGAUCUUUAGAAGAACAAGAGGAGAGAAGCAAGAAGUUAAGAGCUGAAACAGAAUUGUUGAGAAAAGAUAUGCAGGAGUUAGAAACUGAUAAGAAAACGGUGAAAGAGUUUGAAAUCAAGUACAAGAAACUAGAAAGCAUAUUUGAAACCGAACGUGAAAAAAUGAAUGGAGAAAGAAAUCGUUCUAAAAACGAACUCGCCGCAAUGAAGAAAUUGAAGGAUGACGCUGAAGAGCAUUUGAAAAAGUUAUCAGAUGAUCAGAAGAAAAAUGAUGCCGCUUGGAAAAUCGAAAAGUCUAAACUGGAAAAAGAUAUUGCUUUGCUCAAGAAACAGUUACCUGAUGAGCAUGAAAUGAAAGAGUCGACUGCUACUCCACAAAACUCGAUUUCGGGAGAAUCUUCACCACUCCGUCGUCAAGAUAGUGAAAAGAUGCUUGUACUUGAACUUAAGAAGCAAAUUUCAAUACUUGAAAAGAGAAUUGCUGAUUCGAACAGCUCACUGGAAGAAUGCAAGAUUCAAAAUGCAGAACUCAGAGAUCAGCUCGCAAAAGUUCAGGCAAACUGGGAGAAAGAUAAAGAAGUGUUCCAGCACAAAACCAGAAAAAGCGAAAAACUACGAACAGUUGAGAUAGAUGCAAUGCAACAAAAGUUUAGCAGUAGAAUGCGAAUCAUGGAAGACACUAACAAAGCCCUGCAUUCACAGCUUGUCCUAGCUCGGCGUGAGCGUGAUACAAACAAAGAUGCUCUGACAAAUUUCGAAAAACAGGUUACCGACGAAAGGAAUAAUUUGAAAGUGAAAGAGAAGUCGGCCAAUGAAUCAACGGAAAAAGUAAAGGAACUUCAAAAUCGAUUAACCGCCAAAGAGGAAGAACUAGAACGCUUAAACACUGAUUUACGGUUAACAAAAGAAGCUCGAAAAGCGGAUCAAAUUUUAUGGAACAUUGAUAGAGCUAGAAAUAGGAAUGAAAAAAUCGACAACACUGAUUCGGUUGAAACGAUUCGCAAACAAUAUCGCGACUGUGAAACAUUUUAUUCAAAGGAGAUGGAUCGAUUAAAUGAUAAAAUCACAGAAAUAACAGCAGAGAAGAAUCGACAGAAGAAUGAAGCACAGAAAACCAUUAGAGUGCUCAGCGAGCAGAUCAAAGUUUUGGAGAUUGAGCAAAAGAAUUUGUCGCAAAAUAAAGAUAGUCAACAGGUCGUAAAGGAAAUGAUUGAAUCUGAGAGGGAACGUCUCCAACAAAUUGUUCACCUGAAUGAACUCCAAAAACUAACUCGGAAGUACCGUCUUAGCAGUAUAAUUGAUCAGUUAGCGUAUGUCAGCGAAGCAACCCGUAAAACAUCACGAGAGGCCGAGCCAGAUGGCAUUCGCUACAUUAUAAAUCAGCUAACAGUUUUAAGAGAUGACGAAGCGGCCAACAAUUUGAAUCCAGAUGAGAGAGCAGGUUCUGUGCUCGGAGAAAAGGCUUCAAAUGGGUAUGCUCCGUCAAUCUCAGAGUGUGGAGAGGGAACUUAUGAUAACAUUAGUCAAUCAUCCUUCUCAAUUCGAUCAGUAAACAGUGCUCCACUGAGGCAUGCGUAUAGACACGCUAACCUUCCUAUUCCAACUACCACUGCUUCUGUUUCAACGACUAUUAGUGAAACUGAGCCGUAUUAUAGUAAACCGGAGAAGCUGAACAUCAUCAGUAAUUACACUACAAAGAGAUCAUUCAGCACUGAAAGCUCAAAUGGGUUUGACAAAUACGGUCGUCCAAUGAGACGAGGAUUAUAUCACGAACCAUCAUCAAGUAAUAACUUAAGUGUACCGGGUAGAAAAACAUCAAAUGAUGAGUAUUCAAUGAGUCGAGCUGCUUCAUUCGAUAACCGCAGCCAGUUUAGUGAGGACGAGGUGACCGAGGAUGGAAGGAGCUCCCGGCCCAACAGCACGGGCGCAAAUAUUCUGUAUAGAGUUCGAAGAGAGGAACUGGCACGUGGCGGACAGCCAUCGGUGAAACUGAUGGCAAAGGCUUUUGAGGCAAUUGAUGAGCCGAGAACGGAUAAGAGAGGGUUCUUUGGAAUUAGGAAGUCAAGAUCAGUGGAAACGACGCAAAAUGGGAAGCAUAGUAAAUUUGAAGAAGCUGCUAACUCAGCCUUGAUGCACAGUUUGGGACAAGUAGAGGAAGGAGUCAGCAGCAAUUAUGCAACCCUACCAAGAGGAGGUCGAAAUCCUUUCAAAAAUAUGGGGUCUCGUUUGGUGGAGCGUGUUCGCAGAAGCUUAUCCCGGUCGAGUAGACAAUCUCGUGAUUCUGACAGGGAAGAUGAGAUUGAAGUACAAGUUUACAAAAAGCCUGAAAAACCAAUAUCUUCCCCCAAGAAAACGAAAAAGAAGUCAGCCGAAUCAAAAGCUCGCAAGAAUUCCAGUAACAUCUUCACAUAGUUUGAUAUUUUCCAGUUUUCUCUCAUUCUAUUCCAAGUUUGUUAAUUUUUUGAAAAUCUCUCAUAGUCAUCUAAAUUACUUGUCCACUCUGUUGCCAAUUUGAUUAUCCAUAUGAUUUCACGAGAAAUAAGUUAACUUUGCUCCAUUCUUUUCAUUGAAAGUGUUAAACUUUAAACCCAUGCAUUAAGUUCAUUUGUUUGUUUAUUUGUUUCGUUUCACUGAAACUAUUAAUGAAAGGUUUUCUUAAUUUGUGAUUUGUAAAAUGAAAAAAAUGUAAAAU